CACUUAAUCGGGUCUGGAACUGUUCGAUCAAUUGUCGGAUUCGAAUCAAAUUGACAUACGGGUCAAGUCGUCUUAAACCACUCUUUACCCUUAAAAAAACAUAACCCAAACAAUUUCUAGGGUUUCGAAACUUUUGCGAGUGGAUUUCGACCCUUCUGGUCUUGAGAUCCGAUUCAAGAAUUUGUGCUUGACAAGGGUUUUGACCAUUAAAGCUUAAAUUUUCAAUUUUUUGUUAAAUUUUCGAUCGUUAAAGUCAUGGAAAGAGAUGGGUUUGAGCAGUUGAAGAAUCAGAUGCAAGAAUGGGUACAAGAAGCAGACAAAUUGAUUCGUCAAAUACCCGAAACUCAACUUUACGCUGCAAUUGGGAUUGUGUUUCUUACUACGUUUUUACUCUUGUUAGUUCGCUUUUUCAAACGGACAAAACCUAACACCAUUGUUCUGUCUGGGCUUAGUGGAAGUGGAAAAACUGUUAUUUUCUACCAACUCCGAGAUGGUUCUUCCCAUCAGGGUACUGUGAUUUCAAUGGAACCAAAUGAAGGCACUUUUGUGCUACAUUCUGAAAUGAGCAAGAAGGGCAAAAUAAAGCCUGUUCACAUUGUUGAUGUUCCUGGGCAUUCUCGUCUUCGACCCAAACUAGAUGAGUUCUUGCCUCAAGCAGCUGGCAUAGUUUUCGUGGUGGAUGCUUUGGAAUUCCUGCCAAACUGUCGAGCAGCGUCGGAGUACCUUUAUGAUAUUUUGACCAGGGCAAGUGUUGUCAGGAAGAAAAUUUCAGUACUUGUCCUUUGCAACAAAGUAGAUAAAGUGACUGCACAUACCAAGGAGUUCAUACGAAAACAACUCGAAAAAGAAAUUGACAAGCUUCGGGCAUCAAGAACUGCUGUGUCAGCAGCAGAUAUUGCUAAUGAGUACACACUUGGCGUCCCUGAUGAAGCCUUUGCAUUCUCUCAGUGCCAGAACAAAGUAACUGUUGCAGAAGCUUCCGGUUUGACUGGUGAAAUAUCUCAGUUGGAGCAGUUCGUCAGGGAACAUGUGAAAGCUUAAUUGGAUAUUCCCUUCACUAUUCAGAGUUUAUGACGUCUCUGUUCGAGAUGAGAUUGGUCAUCUUCCGUAUCGUUGGUUUAAUUCAAGAAGUGACCAGUUCAAUUGCGAAAGUGAAAAAAAUAGGAACUUAGAAGUGGCAUAGAGGUACUUUUUGAAGUUGUAUUAGGAGGUUGUCUAUUGAGGGUGCUUGAAACAGUGAUGGAUUGCAUGUUGUUGAUAUUAUGUCCAUUACAAAUGCUAGUUUGAUUCCAAGAUAAUGGAUUUGUUUUAUUAAUUUGGGUUUGGACAAUUCUUGGCUUGCCUUUGAUUUUAACUGAUUACAGUUAAUCUUAGGGAUUAAAUGGGGCUGAGGAUCAAGUUAUUCAUUGUUGCCAUUAUCAUUACCAUCUUGUUAUU